UUAACGACACUCAAGUGCCCCUCAAAAUGGCAGAUGAUUCAUUCUCGAAUAUAUUCCAAGGCAAACGUAUUAAAAUUACUCUUAAAUCGUCGUUUUGCGUCGGCGUUGUGCAACGAAUCAGCUCCAGCAAAACGGUGACCCUCACGAACGUCGUGUUUGGCGAUAAUGGCCGCGAACUUCCCGGAAGUAGAUUAUUCUUCGGCCAUGAGUUUGUAAAUGUGGAGUUUGCCGAUGACGAGGACAAAAAGCAUGGAAAUAUUCCUGAAGACCACUUGAAGCUGUCUGAAUUCCAGCCAUUCAAGACUUUUUACCACGCUGAUGAUGAUGAUGAAUACAUCAAAUUUGAAGUUAUUAAUGCAUUUCAUGAGAAAUUUGGACCCGCUAUGAUGCAAAUUAAGAAGCAGCAUGUGGUUGGCGUUGGGGCUGAUGGGGUGGACAUGUACAAGCAUGGCCGACUGUGUUGGCUUCAGAUUGCCACCAAACAUAAGGUUUAUCUCUUUGACAUUCUCUUGCUUGGAGAGAAAGCCUUUAAAAACGGUCUGACUAUGAUUUUCGAGAGUAAGCGCAUACUGAAGGUCGUUCAUGACUGCAGAGCUAUUGCCGGGUGUCUGAUGACACAACACGGCGUGAAGAUGACGAAUGUCUUUGACACUCAGGUGGCAGAUGUCAUGUGCUUUCACUCUGAGACUGGAGGAUUCUUUCCUCACAAAGUAAGCACUCUUCAUGAACUGGUGAGUCGCCACCUGAAGUUGCCCUCCUCCCACCUCUCCGUUCUAGAGACCAAGUCCCAGUUUACCGAGGAGGAAAGCAAGUUGUGGUACAACCGUCCAUGUCCUUUACCGUUGCUAAAUGUGAUGGCGCUGUCAGUGAUCCACUUGCAACCUCUCAGAAUGGCACUGCUGGAUUGUCUUCUCACGGACUACGUGGCUAUAGUGGAUGUCUACCUCUCAAAUAGCCAGUAUCCAAAUGAAGAUUUGGAAAGCAUCAAUAUGGAGAAAGUGUUUGACUUGCCGGCCGAGCUCAGGCUGCUGGAUCAGAUGCACUGCGAGCGUCGGGAGUGUGCCGCCAAACGCUACCCCACUACAGACAAAGGUCUGCUGAUUCGUUCUGGUCCUCGAACGGAGACCCCACUCCACACCUCACCUGUGUCAGAGCAACACAAAUCUACAGAACCUACCGUGGAACCGCAAUCGGCGCCACCGCCGAUGGAAGCCGAUGAAAACGCCACUUUAGUGGAUGUGGCCACUCCAGAUCCGGUCCCAGACACCACAUCAGAGCAAGUGAGCGAAAUAUCUUUCGGUGGUGGAGUUAAAGAUUUAGCAACGCUUUUGAUGGAAGUGAUGAGUCCAAGGAGCCCUUCUAGCAAAGAAUCACCAAGUUAGAGGCGUAGUAGUAGUCUUUGGGUUCAGGCAGGUCAUUUACUGUUCAGACUGCCACAAGCCAAGUAUGUUUGUUGGUCUAUACAUUGACCACUAGAUGGCAGUAAACAUUUUGUUUUGUUCAACUACUUUGUACAUGCAUCUGUUUGCAAUGUAGAAUGAUGCCAGUUUUGA